UUCUCUUUGACUUGUUUUCCGAGUGUUGUCGUUGCUGUUGUCGGUGUUGUUACUAUUAGUAUUAUUCUUUUUCUUUUUUUUUUCUUUUCCCCGGCUGCUGAGAAUCAUGGCUGCGCCAAAAGCCGUUCUGAGCUUCCGAGCAAGAGCGAUCGACUUUACGCGCGCGCUGACCGUCUACCGGUCGGACGAAGUGCCCGAUCUGGAUGAGGCCCAGGCGAUCUCGCGCGCCCUGCCGCAGCUGGCCACCGGCAUGGAGAAGGAAGAGGAAGAGGAACAUCACUUGCAACAAGUCAUCAACGUCAUGUCGCAGGCGCCGCUGGACAAGGACAAGAAGGCCAGCCUGUACAUCCCCAUCCCAGAGGCAAACCUGCUCACUCCGGGCUACGAGCAGCACUACGCGCCAGACUUUAAGCUGCCAGAGCAUUACAUUCACAUGCAUGGCAAUGCAGCAGAUCCCGAUAUUCCGAAUUACGACAUGGAUAGUGAGGACGAGGCAUGGCUGACGAGCGUGAACAGCUCGAGCAAGUCGUCGAAAAUGACUCCGAUUCAGUUUGAACGAUGCGUUGACGCGUUCGAGCGAUCUACCACAGGAAAUGAUAUUGCCCCGUUUGCUGCCAUUCGACCAAGCCUUCCGGAAAAUGAAAACGAUGACAUGUUAAUGACGGCGUAUGAGCAUUGGAAGUCGCGGCGCAUGCGAAAAGGGCAGCCGCUGCCUCCGACCGUCAAAACUGAAAAGAAACUGCACGAUCCGGCGACCGAGCGCGACCCUUACGUUGCCUUCCGGCGUCGCUUUGAGAAAAUGACGACGCGCAGAAAUCGCAAAACGGACGAGCUCUCGUACGAGCGAAUGCUCAAAUUGCGACGAGACUUUGAACGCGUCCGAACGCUUCUGGACUCGCUUCGCCGCCGUGAGAAGUACAAGUUGGAGGGCUACCAGGUGGAUGUCGAGCUGUUGGAGCGCCGGCAUGCACUCGGCGAUUACACUGUGACGGAGCUUUUGCCUCCUCCCGUUCCUCGCAUGUCGCUCAAAAACACGAUCGGCGCUCCAGGCGUGCGUGGCCUGAAAAAGCGCAAGGCGGACGAUGAGGCGACAAGCACGGCAGCGAGCGGUGCGCCGCGAUUCACGAUGCGCCGUCUGUUGCGCGAAGAAUCGGACGACGAAGCCGAAGAAGAGUUCUUGCGCCACAUCCCAGCAAGUGCUUUGGACGACGACUCGGGCGACAUUGUGUUUGAGCCGUUGCGCAACUUCUUCAAGCUCCGGAUGGCUCGAAUUGCACAGCGGCACUCGCAGGGUGCGACUGAGACACCCGCAGCAGGGGCAGGCGACGACGACGCAGACCUCGCUGAUGAUGAGGAAGACGAGGUGGUGGAUGACCUUGACUGGGAGUGUGAAACUGCGUUUGAACUCGCAGCUGCAGCCGCAGCCGCAGCCUCUCGCGAAAACAACAACGAGGCCACCGACGAAGGGUUGCCGUUGCUUCGAGACCGGUUUUUGACUUCCGACUUUGCCUCUGUUCUCCCGCCCUCCGACUCCAACGAUCCAUUUGCCUUUGUUCGCCAGCGGAAUUGUUCGUACCAUCCGCCACGCCACCACAUGAUCGCCCCGCCCAUCGCGUCACACGCAGCAUUGUAUCGACCGGUACCGUUUGGUCGAUCGGGAUUGAUUCCGCUGGGUGUGCGACGUAUCGGCCGCGGCGGACGAGUCAUUUACGAUCGUGCCACCUCGGCGAUUGUCAACCCGCGGCUCCGGCAGCUCCAGCAGCGCGGCCAGGCCGACGGACCGCCGCCAAUCGAAUUCUCUGAUCCUUUCAUCCAAGCGGCCGACGAGUUUGACGAAGUGCACCAGCGCGUUCUCCGGUUUGCGCCGAAUCUUUUAUUCCCUGCAACCAAUCCAAGGACGUUGCUGUGGCCGAGCACGCUGGCACACACGCAGACGUCGGAAGCCGAAGAAGCCACCACUGCCAUUAACAGCGUGACGGCUGUCGGACUGCGGCCCAUGGAUGUUGAGCAUCUGGACCAGCGCCCGACGGCAGUGCCGCUUGCCCAGCAGCACUACGAGUUGGUGGUUGGGCCGAACGGCGAAUUGGAGCGCAACACGAGCAGCUCGCUGUAUGCAUCAGCAUCAGCAGCCCAAGCAGCAGCACCAUCUGCGGCCGAGGAUGCAUGUGCACCAUUCGAUCCGGCCGAACUCCGAAGCAUGCCGAGUCUCUUCUCGCUGGCAAUUCGCGACCACCUGCGCCAACAACGACCCCCGCCUCCGCUCACCGGGUUUGUGAUGUAG